AUGGGCAAAUACAACAUCGUCGUCUUUGGCGGCGACUAUUGCGGUCCAGAGGUGACGGCAGAAGCAAUUAAGGUCCUUCGCGUUGUCGAGAAAAAGAGAUCAGACAUCGAAUUCAAUUUCCAGGACCACCUACUUGGAGGAGCUUCCAUCGACGCAGCUGGAACAGCUCUGACCGAUGAAGCCCUCAAUGCCGCCAAAUCCGCAGAUGCCGUCAUCCUAGGUGCAGUUGGAGGCCCUAAAUGGGGCACCGGCGCUGUCCGCCCGGAACAAGGGAUCCUUCGCCUCCGCAAAGAAAUGGGCACCUUCGGCAACCUCCGUCCCUGCAACUUCGCCGCGCCCUCCCUCGUUGACAUCUCCCCACUAAAAGCCGACGUAUGUCGCAGCGUGGACUUCAACAUCAUCCGCGAACUGACGGGUGGUAUCUACUUUGGCGCUCGCCGCGAAGACGACGGCGACGGCUACGCCUUUGACACAGAGCCAUAUUCGCGAGCGGAAAUUGAGCGCAUCGUCCGUCUCGCCGGACAUCUAGCGAUGCAGCACAACCCGCCCUUGCCCGUGUGGAGUUUGGAUAAGGCUAACGUGCUCGCGACGAGCAGGCUGUGGCGGAAGGUUGUUACGGAGAUUAUGGAUAAAGAGUUUCCGCAGGUGAAAUACGGGCAUCAUCUCGUUGACAGUGCGGCGAUGUUGAUGAUUAAAGACCCGCGGAAGCUGAAUGGGAUCAUCGUCACAAGCAACUUGUUUGGCGAUAUCAUCUCGGACGAAGCGAGUGUUAUCCCCGGCUCACUGGGUUUGUUGCCCAGUGCGAGUCUGAGCGGUAUUCCUGAUGGGAAGAGCAGGGUUAAUGGCAUUUAUGAACCUAUUCAUGGUUCCGCACCCGAUAUCUCCGGCAAAGGAAUUGUCAACCCAGUUGCCGCCAUCCUCUCCGCAGCCAUGCUGCUGCAAUAUUCUCUCAAUCUACCUGCUGAAGCUAAUGCCAUCGAGACCGCUGUACGCAACGUCAUCGAGAGUGGUGUACGGACAGGCGAUAUUGGCGGCAACGCUACGACAAAGGAGGUGGGUGAUGCCGUUGCGGUGGAGUUGGAGAAAAUUCUAUAA